AGAUCGAUUGUGAUUACCGGCGUUUGAACAAUAAUAGAAACGUAUUUAUAAACAAAAGUUGUUGAAUAUAAUAUAGAAAUAACGAUAAAAAAAAUAAAAAAAAUCAAUAUUUAAAAAUGUAUUUACGCUGCCAUAAUGUGAUUUUUAUUGCAAUAUGCUUAGCAUCUUCAACAGCAUAUCCAAAAUUCAAUAAAGAUUGUAAUAAAUUAUUAAUAAAUGAACAAGAAAAUAUUCAUCUCAACAGUGAAUCAAAUGAAAAUGUAAUGAAAUGUUUAUCAAUAACUCAAAGCAACAGCAGUGAAACAAAGGAAAAGUUACAAUUACAAAAAGAUACAUCAUCUAACAACGUAUUUUCCAAUGAUGAUUUCUUAACAUUAUUAAAUAUAGGUUCUACUAAUAAUGCAAAUGCUAUUGAUAUAUUACAUGAUGCUGUGAAAUCUAAGGAGGAUCAUGAAAAUCCUAUAAACUCUCAAGUAACCAGUACCCCAAAUACCCCCAAUGUAGUAACCAGUACCCCCAAUAUAGUAACCAGUACCCCAAUUACCCCCAAUAUAGUAACCAGUAGCCCAGAUAUCCCCAAUAUAGUAACCAGUACCGACAAUAUCCCCAAUAUAGUAACCAGUACCCCAAAUACCUCCAAUAUAGUAACCACUACACCUGAAACUACUACAACCGAUGGUAAUUUACCUUUGAGUGACAUUCUUUUAUCACAACUCACGAAUUUGUCUCAAGACGGUGGUGAAGAAGUUACUGUUGGACAAAAAAUCGAAUUCAAACGUUCCUCUUUGAAUUCAGACACUGAUAUGGUUAAUCCGGCAGGCAUUGAAAUAUUAAAAAAUACGUCUGCUAUUUGUGGUUCUUUAUAUGGCAAACGUAUUUCAUUUGCUAAUGAAACUACAUUAAUGGAAUUUCCCUGGACCGCUUUACUGUUGUACAAUACCAAACUACGGUAUCAUUGCGGUGGCAGUUUAAUAACCACAAAAUAUGUUCUAACAGCUGCUCAUUGUGUAUCUCAGGAAUUUUAUGAAUUGUCUGGCGUACGUUUGGGAGAACAUGAUGUUACUGAGGAACGAGACUGUGCUAAAGAUUUAGGUGGUGAUGAUAUUUGUGCGACGACAAUUGAUGUUGAUGUGGUUAAAAUUAUUGUUCAUCAUGCAUAUUCACGUUUGUCGUUCAAAAAUGAUAUUGCUCUACUAAAGCUGGAUAAUGAUUAUUUAGGCAGAUCUUUUUAUCCAAUUUGUAUACCAAAUCCACAAACAACAUAUGGCUCUAAAAGUGCUACUGUAGCUGGUUGGGGUGCAACUGAAAAAACAAUACGUUCUGCUAUUCUACUAAAAGCUGAUGUGCCCAUUUUAGACAUAUCCAAAUGUCGUGAAAUAUAUCGUUAUAGUGUCUUCAAUGACUCAACAGAAAUUUGUGGAUCUGGUGUUAAUGAAGUUGAUGUCUGUAAAGGCGAUUCUGGUGGUGCAUUAUUUUACAGAGAAUAUGUAAAUCGACGAGAAAAAUAUCAUCAAUUGGGUAUUGUAUCGUUGGGUGUAAGAAGUUGUGGCGAUAGCCGUUUCCUGCCGGCUGUGUUUACAAAAGUGCAAGGUUUUUAUAAGUGGAUUGAAAAUAAUUUGGAAUAUUAAAAGAAGACUGCAGAUAAUAUUAUUAAGAUUUUGAUUGAACAAAUAAAUUAUCUUUAAAAUACACAAG